CACAAAAUUCAUGAAAAAAAUUCAUGGAAAAUUAAUACUAAUUAAAUUCAUAACACUUAAACUUAACUAAACUAAAACUAACUAUUUACUAACUUAAGUGCUAUUAUUUUUAAAUUUAUUUUUUUCCCUUAUGAUCCUAUGGGCAUAAACGAGGAUUUCCUCCCGAGCAUCCAUUUGGUCCUCUUCUGGCAGGCAAUCCAGAAGAGGAACCAAACUGACCAUCACAUGAAAAUUGCUGCUUUUUUCUUUUUUUUCUUUAAAUAUCUCGUUUCUCUGUUUUUCAAUUUCAAUCAGGUCCUCCAAGGAAGGCCCAUCUUGGCGCCUUUUUUUGUUGGAGGCUCCUUUGAUAUGGUGGCUUGCGAUGGCAUGAUUUCAUUGCCAUCGUAAUCGUCAAGGAACUCAAUUUCCGUAGCGUUAUCUAUGUAGCAAAACAUAAAAGGAUGUUGUUAGUUACCAGAAAGUGUAAAUUUUAAACAUAUGAAUUCAUACCUUCCACUGCUUCUAAAUUUCCCAUUCUGGGUCGGGAUAUAAGGGUAUCCUUAAGAAAACUCAUGUUUUCAAAAUAUUUCCAUCGGAAAUGCUUAUACCCCGACCCAGACGGCUGGUUUAGUUCCGCAAUUUUGCGAGCAAAAGUGUCUCGCAAAUUUCUCCACUUUUGUUUGACAACGAUUCCUGUAAUAUAAUAUAAAUUUAUAAUUACAUCGCAUGUUUCACAUUUUCAUGCAACCAUUUUUAGUAGUGUAGUUGAUUUGUAAUGCUAUUAGUGAUCUAAAAAACUUAUUUUUUGUUUUCCCUUUUUUAGAUUUCUUUCUACUGGAAUAACCUUCAAAUCAUUGUCCUUCUCAUUUUAUAUGGCUCAUAACACAGUUGGAAAAAUAGUUUACGAGACAUGUGAAGCGAUUUGGAAGAUGCUAAACGAAGAGUUUAUCCCUAUUCCCACGACGGCUUUAUUUGAGGGAGUAGAGAAGGAAUUUCUUGAAAAAUGGAAAUUUCCUAAUUGCAUUGGUGCUAUCGAUGGCAAACACGUUAGGAUAAAAUCGCCGCCAAAAUCUGGUACGCUGUACUACAAUUACAAAAAAUAUUUCUCCUUACAUUUACAAGCAGUAGCAUAUGCCAAAUGUAAAUUCAUAGCCAUAGAUAUUGGUGAAUACGGCAGUCGAAGUGAUAGUGGCGUAUUUAAUUCAUCAAAAUUAUUUCAACUGAUACAAUCAAAUAGUCUUAAUGUCCCUGCUGCUAAACCACUACCCGAUACUUCGCAAAAUAUGCCCGACGGGUUUAUAGGUGAUCAGGGAUAUCCACUUAAAACAUUUUUAUUAUCCCGAUAAUGAACCCGAUCCCCCUAUCCCGAUAAUGAAGACCCAGCCAAACUUCAUUUCAAUGAGUUGUUAAGCAUUGCAAGACGCUGUGUUGAAUGCGCUUUUGGUAUAUUAGCAGCUAAAUGGCGUUGUUUAAAAACCGAACUCCAGGUAGCUCCGGACCAUGCAACUUUAAUAGUUCAAACAGCGUGUUUAUUGCACAAUAUAUAA